AUUUGCCGCACCGCUAACGACCCAUUGUUGCACCGUUUCCAAUUGGGCUCCGGUGUAGUCUGCUUGGCCCAGCGCCUAGCGGCCCCCGCGCGGACCCCAAACGGCGUUGCAUAGGGCACGUGUGCAGCGGCCGAACACCUUUUGUAAUGCGUCACGCCUUUGUGUACCGAACCAAUCAAUCAACAAAUAAGCCACGCCUCUUCGAAGUAGAACAGAGGGGAGUUUGGCUCACCUCGAGAUUGUCCUGCGUUUCAGUUCCGAUCCUCUUUCUGUUCAAAAAAGUUAAAACUCAUCAUGUCGUCCAUAAACUGUGACAGCAUAUUACAUCAAUGAACAUUAUACUAGCAUCAAAAAGCUUUGCCCGUUUCUUUGCCUUGUUGCGUUCCGAUUUACCACCCCUACACUAAAGUGGACUGGCCCGACAAGUGGAAUUUGUUAUUUACAGACACUUUUGAGGGAUCUGCGAGCGAUAAGCUGUCACGAGUGGAGCUAGCACUAGCAGGGUAACGAUAGCGGUCUCGCGUAGCUUGUGUCAGCCACGCUAGAAGUUUUCAACCCCAAGCUCUGGUGGUAGUACGGAUCAGUCUGUUACACGUUACCCCUCCAUUCUGUUACCGAUGUGAUAGUGUUCAAUCCUGGCAAAUGAAAGCUUGGAGCCGUGGAAUAUAACUUGACACGACAGUGGAUCGUUCGAUCUUUUACUUAUUGAGCACAUGGUUACGAAGUCAACCAAAGUCGGGUCUCGAGUUCAGCGGCAGGUAAAGCACUCAUGCUGCGUGGCACCAUGACUUAGCAUCGAGCCUGAAAUCAAUAUCUCGGCCCACGCUAGCGCCAUCGAGUGCGGUCUCGGAAAAAAAAAAGGCCCUCCCAAAACGACCACUUUGUUGGACUGGAAUGACCGAAAAUUGGAGAUGAGUUUGCACGGGAGAUAUAAGGGCCCAGGCCCGUAUCCGCCAGUCGUGAUGUAUUGCUUGAUCGUUGGACUUAUUACGAGUUUUCUGCUGGAUGUGGUGGUCGGGAGCUACUCAAACAGCCUGUGUGACUGGUCAGGAAGUGGACUGACAGAGGAUCCAGCGGAUCGUUUGAUACAUCAGCUGUAUUUCCAAUGUUCUCGGGGACACGUCACGUGGAGUUUCCCCACCAGUGCUAUUCGGAUCACAUUUAAAAAAGGCAACUCAGAUGAGGACUUCUUAGCGUGCUUCAAAACCUCGGCCACCAGCAGUGGUGUGAACAUCUACAAGGAAACGCACAAUACAUUGAAGUUACUCGUGGUGUUAAACAGUCUGGAAUCACAGAGGGAUUUUUACGAGGAUGGACACGAGCAUCGGACGGUUUCUUCCAAUUCUGGGGCCAGUGAGGUCCAUUGCUUUAGCUCUGAAAAUGGCAGAGCGACUCUCUUUCUUGAGGCCAGUCCGGACAAUUUAGGAAUUGUUAAGCAAGUUGUGGAUAUACACUAUAUACUGGAACCAUUACCAAGCAGUCAGCCACAGGACAAUUUGGAAGAUUGCAGACCCUGUAAUGACAGUGAAAUUGUGAGAUCUUUCUGUUCGAGUGAUUUCGCUGUCAAGUCCAGUAUGCGGGAUGUUAUGCACGACAGUAUUUCUCAAACGGCCUACAUCGACUUGUCUAUCAGCCACGUCUUCAGGCAGCGAGAUCACAUCUUCUCGCCGGCUUCCCACAGCCGUUACUCCGGGGUGGUGGUCAAGCCCCUCAGGUGUGGGGUCAGGUGGGGCGAGGGACACUUCUUAAUGAUGGGGAGCCUGGUGCUGGGCCAGCCAAGGCUGGGCUGCUCGCCGCGGUACUCCCAGGCCAGGAGAAUAGCCAAGGAGUUCACCGCUAAGGGACUCAAUGAGUGCGACCUCGGAGAAAUCAUCCAGUUGCAUCACGACAACAGACACUGAUGGACCACUCCGUACAUUUUUCAGACUUUGGACUGAAACGAUUCCUGGCCAACAUUUUGUUGGAGAGGACAAUUUGUGGAAAGCCGUCUGUUGGGAAAAAAACUGGAUGAGGAACAUGUCAACCUAAAAGUUGAGGAACAUGUCAACCUAAAAGUUGAGGAAAAUGUCAACCUUGAAGCAAACGCCAGGAGUCUUAACCGAAUACCUGAAACUCGCAAUUUAUCAUUCCUGGUACCAAUGUGAUGUGUAGAAUGUGAAAUUUUUUGACAUGAUGAUAGGGGUCAUUCUGUAAAUUUGGGGUCCAAAAAUAUGAAAUUAUUGUGUGUCCCUGCUACACCUGACCUGUGUAAUUUGCCAUGCAAGUAUCAUUAAAAUUGACUUCAAAACUACUUUUCAUUUGUUUAGCAGGUACUAUACAUAAUCACUCUCUGAUAGAAGGCAUUGAAGAAUGUAUCCUGAAGCUACAAAAUCAAAUGUAACAGGCACUCGGAAAAAAAUAAAAUUUAGAUCCCAAAUUUAUAGCAUGACCCAUUAGCAAAUUUCUACAAAAAAAUAUUUUUGAGUCCUGAAAGAUCAAUCAAGUAGGCUACCGGUACGUUUAACUUUAAAGUACACUACACUCAAUUAUACAUAGACGUACAAUGUAGACAUGUAACCUGCAUACAGUACACACAUAUACCUCACUGUACAUGUAUUAAAAACAUAGUUAUUUUUGUUAAUAGGUAACGGUGCUAUUUAUCAAUAGCUGAGCUAAACUGUCUUUAAAAAAUCAAGGAUAACAAAUUCAGUAUUCGCCGAGUAAGUCUUUUGCUUUUCUUCACUCAAAUAUUUGAUGGCUUGCACAUACAAUGUAAUUUGUUUUUGUGUUUUCAAUGAGGAUUCAUUGGUGGAUCCAGCAUUUACGGAAAGGAGGGGGGGGGGGUGCCGAAAAUGGAGGAAAAACCCGAACAAGUGGGCCAGGCUUUUGCUCAUGUGGGUGAACAUUUCUGUCUUUGAAGUGAUUAAGAUGAUCCAAUGACAGCAGAAGAAACAGAAAAAAUACAAGACAUACCGGGCACAAAAAAAAAAUCAGAAAUCUGUGAAAAAAAUAGGGGGGGGGGCUAUGCCCCCUCUGGAUCUGCUACUGGGGAUUACAAAUGCUUUUGUUCACAUUAGUAAUUUUCCAUGCAUUUCAUUAUUCAACUAUUACUGACACGUACAAAAAUUUGUCGACAGAUAAAUAUUGAAAUGAUUUCACAUAACUAAUAAAUGGGUUAUCCUCACUCUACUACAUGUAAACAAACUCUACUGAUGUAAAUACAUGUAAUUUAAGAAAGUAAAUAAUUUAUCUACAAAUAAGCUGUAGAUAUGUACAUGGAACCAGUUUUGGGGUAAUUUAUUGUGAUUCAUUAUUAUUAUUUUUUUUCAAAACACUUGUAAAGAAAGCAGCUUAACACCAAAUAUUUUUUUGGAAUAUUUUAUUGGUAGCGGAUGGAAGGAAGAAGCUUUACCCUACAGUUGAGGCUGGAUUUUUUUUUUUAAUUUCUGAUCAAAAUCUAUAAACGCUAAUGACUUCAUUGUUAACUUCUAACAUGUAAACCUAUCUUUACAUGUACACUGGACAAAUAUAAUUUAAAUAUUUUGACCAAAAAAUAUUCUUGAUGCACUACAAUUUUUUGUGAAGAAAAAAAUCAUGGCAGAUCUUAUCUUAUGAGAAAAAACUGCAUUCAUUAAUAUGGAUCUCUGGAAACUUUAACCAAAUUCUAGCAAAAAAGGGAGAUUUUCAUGACCAUACUUUAUAUUCAUACUCCUGUUUCAACCUAAAAAACCUUGCACUGAGGUAUCCGUUUCUGUUGUGAAGACUUGGAAUAAACUCGGUCUGCAAGUUACUCCGACUCAACUGUAGCAGUACUACAAGCAUAUUGUAUUCACCAUAGAUGAUUGUAUAAAAUCUUAUAUACAUGUACUUUUUAUUGUUUAAUUUUGCACUAAUUUUGCCACUUCCUUGACCUUUGACCUUAAUUUUCCUAAUAUAACUGUGUUUUUUUUGUUGUAAAUCCGGUAUGUCGGCGAGUCCGAUGUAUGUAUCUUGAUUCUUGAAAAUUAACCCUCUGAAUAACAUGACUGUUUUUACAUAUGAUGUAAUGUUGGUGACGGCACCAUGGACACAAAAAUCCAUUUCAAGUGUCAUGAAGCUCACAGUCACAUAAACGGUUGAAAAACACAGGAUUAACAUUACAUGAACAAGUUCCUGUUCUGUGGUUAGGUAUUUAUUUACAGAAGACUCUCAUUAAAACAAUACUUUCACAUCGCUUUGUUCUAAUUCUUUUACAACUUCCCCCACAACUUCCCUCAACUUGUUUGUUUUAAAAUCUGCUACAUUUUCCCUUUUGUUGUAGCAAAUCAAAAGUACAGUUAUUUCUGUUAUGUAACUUCCUUUUAGUGAAUACAAUGAGAAUUUUCAUUGUAAAGACUUUACUGAGUGAGUUUUCUCAGUUUUAAAACAUUAACGAUUGACAAAAGACUGUCAAAAUUUAGAACUUUCAAGCUAAUAAGUAAUGUGUCAUAAUGUAUGUAUGUAUCAUACCACUGACUGUGACAUGUACUUGCUGUGGAAAAUGUAGUCUUGUGGUCUUUUUUUUUCUUGUUUGCCAAGUAUGUGAAUACAAUUGAAUGUUAUUCUCUGUAUGCCAAAAAAGAGUAUAAUAAUAUGUGCUGCAAUAAAACUAUAAUGAUGUUACUCAA